GAGAUCAGUAAAGCACGCAGUCGCGUGCAUUAAAAUCGAUGAAAGCUUUCAGCUAGCGCCGUCAGACCACUUUAUCUGUAACGUUAAAUGUGAUUGUGUAAUGCUAAUGUUAAAUGUGUAGUGUUAAAUCCAUCGCCAAGUCUCUUUGGUGGCGAGCACGCGGUUGGAGCGGAAGUCCUCCGCUAUCGCCUUCUGCUUUCCCACACGUCGUUCAGCCAACCACACUUCUGUCGUGGCAGAUACCGUGCUCACUCGUACCCUGCUGGCCCUUCUGAUGUGACACUGGCGCUGUUGCGAGUGGCCUUUCGUGAAUGCACGGCAGAAAGCAGUUUCACUCUUCGAGAACAAUCUGUGUCAAGCUACAAAAAUGGUACUAGCGGAACGUAUCGGAAGUGGGGAGGCCGAGAAAGGGAGAGGUAUCGCAGGUGAUUCAUGGGCUUUGGCUAAAACCCACUUCUGCAAGAUCGUCGUGGCGUCCUUGGUGCCAUUUACCAUGAUGCACUGGUGCUUGGACGUGACACAACUCAAGAUGACAGUGAAAAGAGCUUCGCCUCAACUUCCUUGGCAUUCGGAGGUCAUCAGCUUAAGUGGAAAAAACCACGAAAGGUCUCUCAAGCUGACUGGUGUUCCUAAGGAUGUUUUAACCGAUAGCAGGCGAGCAAACGUGUCAUCAGUGAAUCUUUGUCCUCUAAUAUCGCCGAACUUAGUCGGCGACAUCCCAAUCAAAAUGGAUGUGCCAUCUCUCGAGGCUGUAGAGAACGAGUUCCCGGAAGUCGGGCAAGGAGGUCGCUUCGGGCCGAAGGAAUGUACUUCGAGACAUAGAGUUGCCAUACUUGUUCCCUACAGGAACCGCUCCAAGCACCUCAAGAUAUUUAUCUACAACAUCCACAAAGUACUCUCUCGGCAACAGAUAGACUACGGUAUCUUCGUGAUUGAGCAGGGAGACGCCGCUGGCUUUAACCGAGCGAAGCUGCUCAACGUCGGUUACGUCGAAUCGACAGCCUUGUACGACUACCAGUGCUUCGUAUUCCACGACGUCGACAUGGUUCCUCUGGAUGACAGAAAUGUGUACACGUGCCCAGAGCAACCGAGGCAUAUGUCUGUUAACGUCAACAACAAAUCCACGCUACAAAACCAUGGCUACAAGAUUUAUAGGCGUCCACAAGAUGUGGCGAGGUACUUCACCCUCGCCCAUGUGAAAAGCAAGCCAAGCGAGAAAAGGAUGAAGCUCUUAAAGCACUGGCGGAGCCGCGUCACCACGGACGGUCUAAACAGCCUGAAGUACAGACGCCUGGACAUAGCGUUCAAGAAGCUCUACACUUGGAUACUGGUAGACCUGCGAGAGCCCAAAUGACCUUCAAGAAGAGCUCACCGGAAGCGACGCUCUAGAAUUCACGCUUCCAUGGCAGUCCAGAAUGUACAAAUAACUGCACCGUCGCAUAGGUUUUCCGGCCAAAGUCGCAUACUUCAAAUAGCAAGUGCGAUACAGCGCGGCAAGCGGAAUUGCGACAGGGAGAAUACAACACAAGUGCCAGUCUUCGCCUUGUCAGUCUUCGUUUUGUCGCGCUGGAUUGCAUUUCUGAAGACAUGCCAACCGACUGGUCCAACAUCGCUCACUGCUGCGUAUUUGAAACAUUGACCACGUGCAACAGUGUUUCAUAAUACUGCGACCUAUUUUGAACAGAUUGCAACUACUUAUCAAUUUACUAACUUUCCUCUUCGACGGACGAUAUGUUUUCUAUGACGUGUUCGCAGCAGCAUUUUCAAAGGGAUGUUGUCGCUGUGACCUUGGCACGGAACCAGUGAAAUGUGUGAUUUUUUGUUUCUUGUUUAUCUCUUUUUUUUUGGUGUGACACUCAUCGGAAGCUGUAUCUAGUGUCAUCAACACGGACAGGCGCCGCAGUUUCUGCGAAUAUUUGUGGACUGUGAGCUUGAGUGUUUCCUUCGGGCUGUAACUUUCUUUCAAUUUUUUU